UGUGUGUUCUGUGUGCCGUGGUGUCGACCCAGCAGUGUUGACAAAAGGCUGAGAAGAAACAGCCCCGAAUCAAAAACCCGAGUAACGGCGAACCGCAGCAUCCAGGGGCUCCAGAAGGACGGAGAAACAAACCGGAAACAGGAAUGUAAAGUCUCCAACCCGGUGCUGUUGUGGACACGGGUUCUGUUCUUGCUGGGACUUUGAGGAUUAUUCGGUUGGAAGGAAAAGGUUCUUGUGGGUUUGGCUGUUUGAGGCCCACAUUUUGCUGCUGUUAGCUCGAGAACUGUCCGCACACAGCAGAACCCCUCACCGCCCUAUCCGAACCACAGGCUCCAGGUGAACACKGCUGCCGGAGAGCUCACAGCCACGCGCCCGCCCGGCUGCACCUUCUUACCGGGACUCAGGUUUGGACUCGGGACAGUGUGCGUCUCCCAUCCCGGUGGUUCUGUCGGUCUGCGAGCUAACGUUAGCAUUAGCACCAGCACCGUCCCUGUAUUUACAUCUGGGAUGAUGGGUGAUCGCCCGAGCCCGCCCAGGGCCAUGUCCUCGGCACCCACCACGUCUCCAUCCGUGGACAAAGUGGACGGAUUUUCCCGGAAGUCUGUCAGGAAGGCGAAACAGAAGCGGUCGCAGAGUUCCUCACAGUUCCGCUCUCAGGGCAAACCCAUCGAGCUCACGCCACUGCCGCUGCUCAAGGACGUGCCGUCACCGGAGCAGCCGGAGCUGUUCCUGAAGAAGCUGCAGCAGUGCUGUACCGUCUUUGACUUCAUGGACACGCUGUCGGACCUGAAGAUGAAGGAGUACAAGCGUUCCACACUUAACGAGCUGGUGGACUAUGUGACUGUCAGCCGAGGCUACCUGACGGAGCAGGCCUACCCUGAGGUCGUCAAAAUGGUGUCUCACAACAUUUUCCGGACCCUUCCGCCCAGUGACAGUAACGAGUUUGACCCUGAGGAGGAUGAGCCCACGCUGGAGGCCUCCUGGCCCCACCUACAGUUGGUAUACGAGUUCUUCAUUCGUUUCUUGGAGAGUCAGGAAUUCCAGCCCAGCAUUGCCAAAAAGUACAUAGACCAGAAGUUUGUCCUACAGCUCCUGGAGUUGUUUGACAGCGAGGACCCCAGAGAGAGGGACUAUCUGAAGACGGUCCUACAUAGAAUCUACGGCAAAUUCCUGGGGCUGAGGGCUUUUAUACGAAAACAGAUCAAUAAUAUUUUUCUACGUUUUGUUUAUGAGACGGAGCACUUCAARGGGGUGGCUGAGUUGCUGGAGAUCUUGGGGAGUAUAAUCAAUGGUUUCGCUCUGCCACUGAAGGCAGAACAUAAACAGUUUCUGGUCAAAGUGUUGAUUCCGCUGCAUACUGUCAGGAGUCUGUCCCUCUUCCAUGCACAGUUGGCUUAUUGCAUUGUACAGUUCUUAGAGAAAGACCCAACAUUAACAGAACCAGUCAUCAGAGGCUUACUGAAGUUCUGGCCGAAAACCUGCAGUCAAAAAGAGGUGAUGUUUUUAGGAGAGCUGGAGGAGAUCCUGGACGUUAUUGAACCCACACAGUUCGUUAAAAUCCAGGAGCCACUUUUCAAACAGAUCUCCAGAUGUGUGUCCAGCCCACAUUUCCAGGUGGCAGAGCGAGCUCUGUACUACUGGAACAACGAGUACAUCAUGAGUCUGAUUGAGGAGAACUCCAGCGUUAUCCUGCCCAUCAUGUUCGCCAGCCUCUACAGGAUCUCCAAAGAGCACUGGAACCCGGCCAUCGUGGCGCUGGUCUACAACGUCCUGAAGGCCUUCAUGGAGAUGAACAGUACCUUAUUUGAUGAACUCACAGCCACCUACAAGUCAGACCGUCAGCG